GAAUGGUAGGGGAUCUUCUACACAAAACACAUAAACACUGCGGACUCCUAUCGCUUCGGUCACUCACUCCACUCUCCUCCUUAUUCUCUCUUUCCCACAAUCCCCGAUUAAAUCCCUCUUCCGAACCCAACAGACCCUAACAACAACCCUUCGCCGGAGUCGCAACAGAAUGGCAGAGCUCCCGGCGCCGGAGGCGCAGCUCAACGGCGGAGCCCCAGCAACGACGGCGAAUUCCUCGGAGCCCAUCGGAUCGAAGCGGCAACGGCGGCCGAGUGUCCGAUUGGGCGACAUCGGCGACCAGCCCUACGACUCCCACCCCCGCCGCGCCGCCGCGAAAACGUGGCGCCUCGCCUUCGACCACCCCCGCCACUCCUCCUCCGCCGCCGCCGCCGCCAGGCCCUCCAAGAUCCGCCCCCUCACGAACCUCACCCCUGCCGCCGCCGUCGCCGAGUUAGGCGAAACCCUAGAGAGCGACGGCAACGUGGAUAGCGUUCUAAUCGGAAGCUGGAAGGUGAAGGACUCCAAGAAGCGCGGCGGCGGCGCUAAGCGUAUCAGAUCGAAUUGGAUUUCGCGAAUCGACGGCGGCGAAGACGACGAUGACGACAUCAUCGUCGACGAAGACGGUUACCACCACCGAGACUUCUCCGCCGAACACUCCGAAAGCCCCAUGAGGGAGGAGCAUAGCCCUAUCAUGGAGAAUUUGGGCGUGGACGAAGAACGAGAGGUGCAGCAUUACCACGAAAGAAAUGGUAAUUCUGGAAGCGGAGACGGUGUUAGGGUUUGGCUCAAUGGAUUAGGGUUAGGUCGUUACGCUCCCGUUUUCGAAAUUCACGAGGUUGAUGACGAGGUUUUGCCCUUGUUAACGUUAGAGGAUCUUAAGGAUAUGGGGAUUAGUGCUGUUGGGUCGAGGAGGAAAAUGUUUUGUGCGAUUCAGAAGCUUGGGAAAGGGUUCUCCUGAGUUGAGUUCUGAAGAAUUUCUCAGCCAUUGCGAAUUAAGAUGCAUGUCUGAAUGAACUCUGAUGAAGUUGUAGAAUUUAUGGUUGACAAGGCAGAAAGACUAAUCAUGAGAAGGGGGAAAACAAUAGAAAGGUUUUGGUUCUAAUAAAAGAGAAGUGCUAUUUUUUUAUGUUGGUAAUUUCUGGCUCUCUUGGCCUUUUUGUAUUUGUUGAUAUGCUCUGUUGUUCUGAUAGUAAUCGAUGUCGGCCAUUUUUUGUUUUU